CAUCGUUUUACUUCAAAAAGUUUCACACCUAUAGUUCACUGUGAUCUGAAGCCAGGCAAUGUUUUACUUGAUAAUGACAUGAACAAUCGUGUUGGUGACUUUGGAUUAGCGAAGUUUCUUGGUGGAGUCAUCAUCAAUGUUGAAUCUGGACAUCAUACCCCCAGUACUUCAGUCGGGAUAAGGGGCUCGGUUGGUUAUGCUGCUCCAGAGUAUGGAAUGGGUAGAGAUGUACUAUCGACUCAUGGAGAUGUCUACAGUUAUGGGAUCAUGGUGGUAGAGAUUUUCACUGGAAGGAGACCUACAGAUGACAUAUUCACAGAUGGACUGAACCUUCAUACCUUUGCUAAGACGGCUCUCCUUCAAGAUCAUGUGAUGAAAAUUGUUGAUUCUACACUGCCUGGUCAUGUCUGUCUCGAAGAUGGUAACAACACCAUAGCUCCAAUCACUGUCGAGAACGAGACCAAGUUAUGCGAGGCUUUGGCAAGGAUUUUAAAUAUUGGCGUUAUGUGUUCAAUUGAGUCACCCAACGAACGGAUGGAAAUGGCAGAGGUCACGAAAGAGCUGCAAUCAAUUAUGAAAGGAUAUCUCUCCAGACUGGGAUAAGAUGGCAGAUUGUAUCAUUAGAUCCGCCAUAGAUAAUAUAUAGUUCUAUGUUUCUUUUCAAACAAAGCCACUGAUACUUUUAGCAAACAUUACGGUUCUCUUUUUUAAAGUACGGGGUUAAAAGGAAAAAAUA